AUGGAAGGUGAGAGCAGCACCAGCAAUGCCUCUGCAGACAGGAGGGCUGCAGCUCACCUCACAGCUCCCUCCAGGACCUUCUGGAUCAUCUUAUCCAUUGCCUUGUUUUUUGCAGUUGUUAGCAUCAGCGUCCUAGGAGUUCUCAGCUCCUCCCCCAGCUCUGCCCAGGCUGGCUCUCAGCUCAUCCAGUUAACAGUCCAGGGCCAGAAGGACCCUUUGAGGAACCAGACAGCCUUGGUGGACAAGGCCAGGAGCAUUGUGACCUACUACAUAACCUCCCAGAGUAACCACAGCACUGUGGUGCUAUAUGACAGCAGGAACGGGUAUGUGUGCUACAAGCCCAUGGAGCAGCACGCAUGCUACCUAAGGAGAAUGGACUCCUGGGACCUCCAGACCCUGCAGACAUCAUUCAACAUGUCUGAGCAGAGAGCUCAUCAGCUGCUGCCACAGAAUAACCAGACCAAGUACUACCAGGAGUUCCUGGGCAUUCUGGCAGGGGAAGAGGUGGACCCCAAACAAUUGGGGGAGGCUGUCCAGACCUUGUGUGAGCAGACAUCCAUCUUCUGGGUCAGGAAAGGGGAGGGUCCAGGGAAGCAGCGCCUGAUCUACCUGUGCAUUGACAUCUGUUUUCCAAGCAACAUUUGUGUCUCUAUCUGCUUCUAUUACCUCCCCGAGUAA